CGCGCUCAUCGUCCGCAACGAUGUCGGCGCUGUACGCGACGUUCUGCGCAGCGGCAGUCUCGGUGCUGAAGGAGGUCAACAAGCAUGUUACGGAACCGUAUAUGGACGAGCCAUUCCACGUCCCGCAAGCGCAGGCGUAUUGCGCGGGCAACUUUUCCCAUUGGGACCCCAAGAUUACGACUCCACCCGGACUCUACGUCGUCAGCGUCAUCCUCAAGCGCUUCUUCAUUGUUAAAUGUGCCCUCCCCACCCUCCGCCUUACCCCCUUGCUCGCACUUCUCAUCCUCCCCCUAAUCUUGACACGCUUUCUUGCGUACCAGAAGCGCGUCCAUUCACCCUCGAUCCUCUCCCCCUCCCCCGCGGCCGUCAUCCUUGCGCUGCAUCCCCUCGUCUUCUUCUAUGGCUUCCUAUAUUACACGGACGUCCCGAGCUUGCUCGCUGUCGUCACCACAAUUGUCCUCGCGCAAGAAGAAAGUCACUGGCUAGCUGCGUUGGCUGGCGCUAUCAGCUGCACGUUUCGCCAGACGAACAUUAUUUGGGUACUGUACGCAUACGCUGUAAGUCAAAUCGCGUACCUGCGCUAUCGACGCGACGGGGUACGGCUGCACGACCCGCUUGCAAGGAAAGCUACCUUCGGCGACAUUCCUUGGAGCACAUUCUCCCUCGCUUCACUACUGCCUGACAUCUUACCUGCGUUCUUCCCUUACGCGUUGGUGCUCGCUGGAUUCGGUGGCUUCUUGGUAUGGAAUGGAGGAAUAGUGUUAGGCGACAAGUCAAAUCACGUCCCAGCCUUCCAUGUGCCCCAGCUGUACUACCUCAUCUCUUGCGCGACCGCCUUCUCUUGGCCUGCCCUACUUCGAGUGCCCAAUCUACCGAGCCGCGUCCUGCGCAAGAUGUUUGGCGGCAAGCUGCGCACGACGUGCACAAUCCUGCUCAUCACCGCGAUCUGCGUGACGAUCAACCGGUAUACCAUCCACCACCCGUUCCUCCUCGCGGACAACCGGCACUACACGUUCUACCUGUGGAGACGCGUCAUCCUCGUACAUCCCGCUGUCAAGUACCUCUUAGCGCCGAUAUACAUUGCAUGCGGAUGGGCAUGGUGGGUGGCUGUUGGUGCCUCCGACAACUCUCUUCUCCAGGUCCUCCUUAUUCCACUUACCGCCGCGCCGACGCUGCUGCCAGCCCCGCUCCUGGAACCGAGAUACUUUGUCGUGCCUCUGGUCCUCAUGCGCGGGCUGUUGGAGGGUGACAUGGACGAGGCAUCCUCGGACGAUGCGAAGGAGAAGGUGAAGAGCGUGCCGCACCCAUCCGGCUUCCGACUAUCGCCCAACGUCUCUCUCUCCCUCGAGUUUGCAUGGUACGCAGUCAUCAACGCGGUGACGCUAUACGUGUUCGUGUACUGCCCGAGGGGAGAAACAAGGUUCAUGUGGUAGCAUGAUCGCGAUUGUGGUUUAUAAGUACACCCCAUAUCUGACCGUGCAUGUUACGCGAACACAAGAGGAAAAUGUUUGAUCUCAGUCAACGCUA